GGCUGGAGUGAACUGCCUUCUCCAAGACAGGAGCGCAGAUGCUCGCCCGGCUGGACCGAGCGUGGUGAACGCAUGUCGCCUUCAGGAAUGGCUGAAAACGCCCGCACCUGGAAUUCCCUUCCUCCCUGCCCCUCCGCAGCAGGUUGCAUUUGGGAGUCUCUCCGAUCAUCAGAGGAAUGAGCAAUUCACCGGCUCGCCAGCACUUGGAGAACAGCAGGCAGGGAUGGAUGUGGUCAACAGCCUUCUCGUGAAUGGAAGCAACAUCACCCCUCCCUGUGAGCUAGGCAUCGACAACGAGACGCUCUUCUGCUUGGAUCAGCCUCAUCCUUCCAAAGAGUGGCAGCCGGCUGUGCAGAUUCUCCUGUAUUCCUUGAUAUUCCUGCUCAGUGUCCUGGGGAACAGCCUGGUAAUCACGGUGCUGAUUCGGAACAAGAGAAUGAGGACUGUCACCAACAUCUUCCUGCUCUCCCUGGCAGUCAGUGACCUCAUGCUCUCCCUCUUCUGUAUGCCGUUCAACCUCAUCCCCAACCUGCUCAAGGAUUUCAUCUUCGGCAGCGCUGUCUGCAAGACCACCACCUACUUCAUGGGCACUUCUGUGAGCGUAUCCACCUUUAAUCUGGUAGCCAUAUCUCUGGAAAGAUAUGGUGCAAUCUGCAAGCCCUUACAGUCUCGGGUCUGGCAGACAAAAUCCCAUGCGUUGAAGGUGAUCGCCACUACCUGGUGCCUCUCCUUUACCAUCAUGACCCCGUACCCAAUUUAUAGCAACCUGGUGCCUUUUACCAAAAAUAACAAUCAGACCGCAAAUAUGUGCCGCUUUCUCCUGCCGAAUGACGUGAUGCAGCAGUCCUGGCACACGUUCCUGUUACUCAUCCUCUUUCUUAUUCCUGGAAUCGUGAUGAUGGUGGCGUACGGAUUGAUCUCUCUGGAACUUUACCAAGGAAUAAAAUUUGAUGCUAUCCAGAAGAAGUCUGCUCUGGAACGGAAGCCGAGCCGAGGCAGCGGCGGUGGCCCAUACGAGGACAGCGACGGGUGCUACCUGCAGGGGGCGGAGCCGCGCCCGCGGCUGCAGCUGCAGCAGCUGUCCCGCAGCGGAGUCCGCCGCGCCCGGAGCAGCAGCUCGGCGGCCAACCUCAUGGCCAAGAAGCGCGUGAUCCGCAUGCUCAUGGUCAUCGUGGUCCUCUUCUUCCUGUGCUGGAUGCCCAUCUUCAGCGCCAACGCCUGGCGGGCCUACGACACGGCCUCGGCCGAGCGCCGCCUCUCCGGGACCCCCAUCUCCUUCAUUCUCCUGCUCUCCUACACCUCGGCCUGCGUCAACCCCAUCAUCUACUGUUUCAUGAACAGACGGUUCCGCCUCGGCUUCCUGGCCACCUUCCCCUGCUGCCCCAGGCCCGGCCCCCCGGGGGGCAGAGGGGAGGCGGGAGAGGAGGAGGAAGGCAGGACCACGGGGGCCUCCCUGACCAGGUAUUCCUACAGCCACGUGAGCGCCUCGGCCCCGCCCCCGUGAGCUGUCCCCGAGGGCCGGGGCCCCAGCAGGGGGGGCCGAGGGGGCCGAGGGGGCCGAGGACAAGGAGGGCUCCAUC